CUUCGCGGUGUUCGAUCAACGAUUCUCUUGCUCAUUGGUGAUUAUCUUGCGGAGUUUUCGCCGAGAGGUAAUUCUGUGCUAGUCGAUCUCUGUGUAAAGGAAUAUCUUAUUGGAGAGACAUGUCGUUCCUACAGAACUUCUUCAAACGUCACAUACCUGUAGUGAAGGCCGAGGAGGAAGAAGAGCAAGAAUUGGUGGAUCCACAGAAAGUGCUUCGUGAAGAAUGCGGUAAAUUAGCGAAAUGCAUGAGCUUUCAAGAGAAAUUGAAUACAUGCAACGACCGUGUGAAUUCACGAAAGAACACAGAGGAAACUUGCCUAGAGGAGAUUAUUGAUUACGUGGAGUGUGUAGAUCACUGUGUCGCAAAGACUCUAUUCAGCAAACUCAAGUAAUUGUGCUCCUGACAAGGAGCCAACUGUUGUUCACAAUGUUGUUAGUUUAAUUUCUCCUGAUCAUUGUAUAUAUACACAAUCCAAUAUUAGAAAUAAAAGAUAAACCUAAAAAUAGAGGGGCUUACAUCAGCACAUAA